AAUUUUUCCAAAACAAAAACAUUUGUUUUCUCUUCCAUAAUAAUUCCUAACCCAAAAAAAAAAAAAAACAAUAAAAUUAAUUCUUCAAUUUUGAUUGUUCUUGCUCUUAGCUUCUCUCCCAUCAGAAUCUUUGUUUGCCCAUUCCAACCGAUCACCGAAUCCAAUUCGGAGAAAUGACGACGCGGCGGUCUGGCCACGAUGCAUUGCCAAUCGUUUUCGUCGCCUUAUUGUUCUUCUUCUUCUUCUGUUCUCUGAUUUCGAUUGGGAAGUGCCAGAACCUGGACGAAUUGAUGCAGAGCUACGGCAACGCGAUUUCCAAGUCGAUGAACGAGAGCGGGGAAUCGUCGUCGUCGUCGUCGGACGCGCUGCGCAGCGGAAUGGCGCUGCUGGCGCACCCGGGGAAGGCCAAGUGCCUUGAGAAAUUGUCGCCGUGCAAGGAGUUCAUGCAUUUCCAAGGCACGCCGCCUUCCUCCUGCUGCGAUCCGCUCACCGAAAUCGCGACCAACGACACCCAAGGCUGCGUCUGCAUCUUCAACAGCGAGGAUUUGCUCCACUCCGUCAACAUCACGAUGAACGACGCGCUCGCCCUCGCCGCCACGUGCGGCGCCAAGCCUGAUUUGUCCGGCUGCAAGAACGAUGCCGCGGAUGCGCCAAGUGGGUCUGGUAGUGCUGCUGCGACCAUCUCGUUGCCUCCAAUUUCAUUGGAGAGUUCUGGUGGUAGCGGUCAUGAUGCAGCCGCUGAUAGCUCGUCAUCAUCUUCAAGCGACGACAAGAAAGAAUCGAGUGGCGCAACAGUAACUACUUUUGGCGGGAACAAAUCUAAUUUGAGAGGGCUUGUUCUCACUGUCACCGUGCUAGUGGGCUUGAACCUUCUAACUCUAAAUUAAUUUUCUAGGCCCAAAAAAUAUAAGAGGGACCAAGAAAAAGGGGCACAUUGGGCUUUUAUUUCUCGAUGUAAUUUCUUGACUAGUGGAAAGUGGGGGAUAAAAAGAUUCAUAGGGAGGGUGGUUUUGUAAGUUGUAAUUACAUGAAAUUUCAAUCACGAAUUAAUCAUUGAUCAUACUUGGGAGUAUUGAUGAUUUUUUCAACGAUUAUUCAAUUUGCUAGCAUAGGUGAUAUUUAGUCACGAGUUAUUAAUUAGUUUAAUC